AAUCAGUGGAUUCUACCUGACAGCAAACCUGAUGAAAACUUCAGCCAGAGACCCGCGAGCCCGAGGGCCCUGAACUAAGGCUUCUGCUCCUGGGGAAACGCAGCACAGGAAAAAGCACCACGGGAAACAGCAUUCUGGGCAAAGUCGUGUUCAAGUCCAAGUUCAGUGGGCGCCAGGUGGUGACCAAGGCGUGCCAGCGACAGCUCAAGGCCGUGGGAGGGAGGGAGCUGGCGGUCAUAGACACUCCUGCCCUGUUCUCCCAGCUGUUGGACCCCCAAGACCGGUGUGGCCACCUGGAGCACUGUGUGGAGCUCUACGGGGGUGGUGCCCUCGCGCUGCUGCUGGUGAUCCCCAUCGGCCACUUCACAGUGGAGGACAAGGAGAUGGUGCAGGUCAUCUGGGAGGCGUUUGGAGCGGAGAUCAGGGAGCGUGCUGUGGUGGUCCUCACGCGCAAAGAGGAGCUGGGGGAGGGCUCCCUGACAGAGUACAUGAGCUUGAAGCCCCUGAUGGUCUCAGAGAGCUUGUUGGAGGCUGUGGCCGUGGGUACUGCACCUUCAACAAGGGCGGUGAGGAGGAGCUGCCGCCAGCUGCAGGACCUCCCUGCUUGAUGGGCAACAGUGAGGAACCUUAUUCCCUGAAGGGCAGAGCCGCCUGCAGUGGACCCCAGGAUCCUGUGGCUGAACCUACACCUCAGAAAGGAAACAGUCUGCAUGGUAGGAAGAUCCUUUCUAUGUUAAGCUCUCACCUGUAUUCUUGCACCCGCAUCAAAGUGAGGUGGGAAAAUGAGCUUGAUAAGUCAGAACAAAGCUGCAGCCUGAGACCUGGCUGAGGACCUGCCACAGCCUGUCCCCCAGGAAACACCUCCCACAUCGUAGGGGCAGCACAGGCAAAGGUGUCACAGAGCUGGGUCUGCCUCUCGUGGUUUCUUUCCUAACUGAGCCUCACCCUGGACCUGGACCCGGCACCACCCAGGUUUGGCCUCCUGUGGGGAAAGCUGUGGUCACCCCUCCAGGGAGAGCCCUGCAGUAGGAGUCUCCAGGUGAGGGGCACCAUUAAGGACACAGCCUCCCAUGGCACAGCUUGGAGCAGCCUCCCUCCUGUUUAGGGGUUUUAGGGAGUGCAAGUCAGUCCACAGGAGGAGCACACAUAACUAGCUCAGGCAUCCUUUCCUGAGGCUGGUCGGGGCUAACUCUGUGCCAGCAGUAGGCAGCUAAUAAGACAGACAAGAUCUCUGUCACUUGGAAUAUUCCAUAAUAAUGAUUAAAAUUAAAGUUAUAAUAAUUGCAAUUGACAUUAUGUCCUGGGUGGGUGGGGGACAGACCAUAGUGUGGUUUGCAUGGUCACCUGGAGGCAGUGCACGGGGAGUGAGAUGCUGACACCAUGAGUCUGUAGCGUCAGGACCCCGACAAGUCUACACUCAGGACCUGUAGAUACAGACAUGGUGUUUCCAUCCCUGGGGAUCCUGCUGGCCCUCCCCAGGGAGCCCUCCCUCCAAACUCCCCUCUCUGUAGAUGCUGCACUGGCUGGUGACCCCCAAGUGAGAUGGUCUCAUAGGAGUCAGUGAUGGACCAGGGAGGGGCUGGGCAGAGCCAGAGAUGGGAGCGGUGGCACGUCUGUGCACGAGCCCUGGAAAGACCAAGCCUGAGCCGUGCAUGGGAUUAGCUCUUGCUGCUCAAGGAUGAGCCGCAGCUGGGGGCGGGGGGCUGCCCUCUGCGCGUCCCGCUGGAAGACAUGGCGUCCCUGGGAAAGGUAGGCCCAGCUCGCCCAAGCUCACCCACCUUUCCCACUUUGCUCCCCACAGAAAUCCUGAGCUUUGUGCUGGUGGGGAGUGGAGGGACUGGGAAGAGCAUGACAGGGAACAGCAUCCUCGGGUGGCCCAACUUCCCCUUCCAGCUCCACGCUCAGCUGGUGACCACGACCUGCUGGCAGGGCACUCAGAUAUGGGAAGGGCAGAAGGUCGUGGUGGUGGACACCCCACCCCUGGACCAGAUGCUGGGAGGCCCGGGGGAUCCCUGCCAGUUGGAGGGGAAGGUCGAGAUCUCAUUCACCUUCUGUGGGGACGAGAAGAAGAUUCUGGUGCUGGUGCUCCAGCUGGGAUGGUUCACACAGAAGGAUGAAAAGGCUCUGCAGGAUCUGGAGGCCAUUUUCAGAGAGGAAGUGACACAUCACAUGAUUGUGCUGUUCACCCGGAAGGAAGAAUUGGAGGACAGGGAGAUGGAGGAUUACAAGGGGAACAUGGACAAUGAAGCUCUCAGGAAGAUAGUGGCCAAGUGUGUGUGUGGGGUGUGUGCUUUUAAUAACAAGGACACUGGCCAAGCAGGGGACGCCCAGGUGAGGGACCUUUUGAACACAGCCAACGAGCUGGUGAGGGAGCGCGGGGCCCGUGGGUACCCAUGUGCUUGGGAGGGCGUGAGCAGGAACAUUAAAAAGGUUCUGGAGAUGGCCAAUCCCUCAUCCUGGAAGACUUUGCAGAAUGUCUUACCAAGGCACCCAGAGCUGGGAGGUUGCUUUAAAUCAUCAACAGCCUCAGGCUGCCGGCAUGAGGGGCCUGGUCGGGUGGGGAUGGGGAGAGGGCCCAGGCUGGAGGAGCAAAUGUCUCUCACCUGAGGUGUUUCAGACACAGCAUGCCAGGAUGGGCAGAUGGCAGGGGAUUAGAAAGGGAAGCAGAGGCCCUCCCCUGGUGGCGCAGCGGUUGAGCACUGGGCUGCGAAGCUGCCCACAGCCUCUGCAGCGCUGGUUAGAUCUCUGGCUACCAGUGAGGGUCCCACAAGGCGGGCAGACCUCUCCUGCCACCCGCUGCUCCCCUCAGCAGUGUACUUCGGUCCUUCUGCCUGCUCUGCUCCCUGCUCUGGCUCUGGUGAAUUCUCUCACCCUCCCGCGCUCCUGACUGUACCUGGUGCUUGUAUAAAUAAAUAAAUAAAUCUUGAAAAAAAAAAAAAAGAAAGAAAGAAAGAAAGAAAGGGAAGAAGAAAUAAAAUCAAGGAGUCUAGUUCAGGACUAGAACAGAAAUCAGAAGCUUGGUAAAAUUGUCGCAAUUAGACGGUCUCAUGCAUUUCCAAAAUUAGGUUACUACCAAAGAAUCAUUGAAAGCUCCUUUGUGCAUUGAAAGCUCCGUUGUGCUUUUCUCUUUCCUUUAAAGUCCCAGAAACUGGAAAUUAGGGUGAAACUCAAUGAACAAGGAGUCCCCCUUCUGGGCAUGAGAGGCGACCUGUCCUGCAGGCCUGGGGAGCCCCACCCCCGCACCCUGGUCUCACCCCCUCUGCCCAGCUCCAGGGGCCCCUCUACACUCGGGGUCUUUCUUGGUUCAAGGUGGGCACCACCCACACCUGAGCACAGGAUGCUGAGAGCUGCCUGGGUGGGAGCUGGAACCUUUUCCAGGAGACAUGAGGUUGGAGGGCGGCAGUGUUAACACUUUGCACGUGACAAGGACAGGUUCCACAUGAUGUUUACUUUUGAAAGCGUCAGGUAAACCUUCCAGAUUAGCCCAUGUGGAAGAGCACAGCUGGUCACCAUUGAUUCUCUUGUUCUCUACGUAACACUUAAUGGGAUAGAUUCUGGAAAAUGUCAUGUUUUACCUAUAAUGUUAAAGGUAACAUAGGUAAAAACAUUCACUUGAAUAAAAUCAUAAAGACAAAUUCUCCGUGAGCUCCUUCACAGCCGGCGGGUUCGCUUCUCCAUCUGUGUGUGGGGAAAGCCCCUCAGGCUGCACUGGGCACUCCACUGAAGACCCCAGAAGAGGAAGGUUCUGCCUGU